AUGGAAUCAGAAUUGAAGUAUUACGAAGUGCAAGACCCAUACAGGAGGGCUUAUUCUUAUUACAAAGAUGAACAUCUUUGUCUUUGGGAGGUUGCGCCCGAUGAGGUUGUAGCACACUGGGACUGGGACGUCCUUGUUGAAAAUGAUCAUUGGUACGAGGACGAGAUACUACCGGCAUUCAAGGAGCAUAACGAUCGCUUCUUGCGCAGAAGUCGAAUUAAAGCGACGUUUGAUAUGUCAACACUUGAAAGUGCUUUGCCCAGUAUGCUCCCUGGCUCAAUUGACAGAGACGCACUAUCUGGGUCGGAUCUGGACCAUGCGAGCCAACCGGACCCAUUAUUCAAUGAGGAUUGGAACCCCUCAAGCGGGGAGGAAAAUUGGCAGUUCGAAGACGAUUAUUGGGACACGGACGACGAAGCAGAGGAAUCCAAAGCAAUUGAUGAUGCAUAUAAGAUUCUGGAAGGCGACUGGUGA